AUGGGACGACGAAGAAGGACUGGCCUGAUGUUCGCUGCCAUCAUCAUCGUAAAAAUUUUGUGGAAUCAAGGCGCACUGAACAGGAUAUUUUUGGUUGAGCAUCAAUCGAGCAUCAAUGAAAAAGUGAAUGCAGCAUCACCGGAACCACCCAUUACAAAGAAGGAAGAAAAUGAAGUCCAGCAAAUUUUAAAAAUCGAUCUUCAGAGAGAAAAGGAUGAGCAAAACAUGCGUAGAGCUGUUCCACAAAGAAUAUCUCAGCUAAAAGAACAUAUUGGAAAUUCAAAUAUAAAUUUCAAGGAUAAACAAAAUGCGAUGAUUGAUCGCUUAUUCAAGAAAAAUGCAAUUCCUCAUUUUCAAUCACAAAUGAAUAUGACAGAACUCAAUGUUUACUACAGAUCGCCGCCAUCAUGCUCAAUUAGAAGAAACACCAUUCGAGAGUACACUGAAAUGUGGAGAGAAGAACACGAUGAUCCCAGUACUCCGAUGACAUCGAUUCUACCGCGUAUAAAAUUCUUCACUGUGGAAACUCCAAGCACAAGAAAAGAAGCCAGUAAGAAUGAGGACUUAGUUCUUGUGGAGAGUGAUGGCUACGAUGCGAAGUUUAACGAUGUCAGUUGCGAUGAAAUGAUUUGGGAACAGAAUCAGAACAUGUCUGCCAAAUAUGAUGAAGAAAUGUUCCUCAAAUCGCUGGAAUACGCUGCAAAAGAUCAAUUUACGGGGCCGAAUACUGGACAUGUGUUUUUGAAAGACACAGACUUGGUUAACUUUGAUACCAUUAGAAAUGUCUCCAGAAAAAUUGGAAAUGAAAGAGACGAGAACGAAGGAAUCCUCUGCUUUGGAAAGAUUCAUUCAGAAGCGUCGGUUCCUUAUUGUGGAAACAAAAUCUUCAUGCGUGGAGAUACAACUCAGAAGUUGAUGAAGUUCUCCGUACCCAACAGGAACUUUCCAGUCGCGCAGGAAAUUACAGGAUUUCAACGCAAUCGAGCGGGUAUCAGUGGACUUAUGUACAACGAUAAACCGCAGCGGACAAAAGCUCUUGUUACUCUUCCUUACAUGGAUUGGAACUUUUACAAUUUCAGUGAGCACUUUCACGAAUGGGCGAUGGAUUUAAAACCGACGAACAGAAUGACGUAUAAUCUGCCGGAUCUGUAUAUCAAAGAUCGUCCUGUCUCAGAUCCUUGGUCGGUUGGGCUCGUUCACGCGCCUCCUUGCUCUGCAAAUUACUCUAUCUUCUCGCUCAUCAAAAGUGCUCGACAAAACGAGAAAAUUCGCAGAUUUAUCCGUAUUUACACAAAUCUACAAGACAAAUUCUACCCUCAAAAUGCAAACCCCUUGAAUCACGUAAUGCAUGUCCCGGUACGAUUUAUUCUUGGGAAGCAAAGCAGCAAUGAAGAUCCUGAACUCACGAAGAGAAUCGAGGAUGAAAUUAAAGAACAUGGAGAUAUUAUUGUUGGCGAUUUUAUUGAUACUUAUGAGAAUCUACCUCUCAAGACCUUGACAGGUUACGAAUACAUCAAGAAUGUUUGCGACGGACCAGCAGCUCCGCACUACUUCAUCUUCCACGAUGAUGACACAAUGCUGAGCUAUGCGAAGCUAGCAAACUUUGUCAAAGAGAAAUCGGUUGAUUUGUCUUGCCUGGCGUACAAAGGUUCUCAUGCCCGACCCUACCGAUGGGGCAAAUACAAUGUCACAAUCGAGCAGUGGGCAUCUGGCCACUGGCUUCCUGAGUUUUGCACUGGCCCGUGUAAUCUGAUGAGUCGUGAGACAGCGAUGAAGAUUCUCCAGGCAGCGGAAAAAACUGAUCCUAAAGGAUUCAAGCUCGAAGAUGUCCUUUUCACUGGCAUUAUUCGAACGAAAGCUGGCCUCGCAGCACCAGACGAACCACCGACAGGUGUUUGUAUGAUGGGCGAAGGAUUGACGUUCAUCGCUGCCGGUGUCAACAGAUUCAUUAAUGCCAACAAGCUAAAGUGGAAUCCACAGAAAAAGACUCCAUGGGUGAACACGAAUUUAGAAAAUAAAUUAAAUUAUCUGCGGGACCACAUUCUUGGUGAUCUGGUCGAAGAUCUGCCGGAGUAUAAAGCCUGGGAAGCAAGAAUCAAAGACAAACGUCCUGUUGUUCCAUCAAACACAUAG